UUAUAAUUAGAAAUGAAAAUAAUAAUAGUAAUAAUAAUAAUAAAAUUGGAGUGCAUAAAGCAGAAUCAUUGAUCAUUAUAUAAAGCUAGUCAGCUGGUCGGUUGUGUGGUGGUGUGGCCACUGGGCACUGGCCAAAGAGUUCAAGCUCAGUGGUGGAUGGCAUAGCAGAGCAGAGUAGUAGAUCAGACUUCCCAGAAGCUCAUUAACUUUCCUCUUUGUAUCAGUCAUUCUCUGCGCAUUUUGCUUCUCUUUUCAAAUUUUCCCUCCGCCCCAGUUGUCGACAGAGACAGAGAGAGAGAGAGAUGGGAACCAACUCAGUUUCCAAGCUUUUAACCAUCAUCUUGAUGGCCUUGUUUAUGGGUUCUGAGAUGAUCCAGUGCAGUGUCACCUACGACAAGAAGUCCAUUAUCAUCAAUGGUCAAAGAAGAAUCCUCAUCUCCGGCUCCAUUCACUAUCCCAGAAGCACCCCUGAAAUGUGGGAAGAUCUUAUACAGAAGGCAAAAGAUGGAGGAUUAGAUGCUAUUGACACUUACGUUUUUUGGGAUGUUCAUGAGCCUUCUCCUGGCAAUUAUAAUUUUGAGGGAAGAUAUGACCUGGUACGGUUUAUGAAGACAAUCCAGAAAGUGGGGCUAUAUGCUCAUCUCCGCAUUGGACCUUAUGUUUGUGCAGAAUGGAACUUUGGGGGAUUUCCUGUUUGGUUGAAGUAUGUUCCUGGUAUCAGCUUCAGAACAGAUAAUGAGCCUUUCAAGGUAGCAAUGCAAGGGUUCACCCAAAAAAUUGUGCAGAUGAUGAAAAAUGAGAAGCUAUUCGCAUCUCAAGGUGGCCCUAUCAUCCUCUCUCAGAUUGAAAAUGAGUAUGGUCCAGAGGACAAGGCUCUUGGAUCUGCUGGUCAUGCAUAUAUAAAUUGGGCUGCAAAAAUGGCUGUUGGACUGAAUACUGGAGUUCCAUGGGUGAUGUGCAAGGAAGAUGAUGCCCCGGACCCUGUGAUUAAUGCAUGCAAUGGCUUUUACUGUGAUGCUUUCUCUCCCAACAAACCCUACAAACCUACAUUGUGGACUGAGGCUUGGAGUGGCUGGUUUACAGAAUUUGGUGGCCCCAUUCACCAGAGGCCAGUUCAAGAUUUGGCAUUUGCAGUUGCACGAUUCAUUCAGAAGGGUGGCUCAUAUCUUAAUUACUACAUGUACCAUGGAGGAACCAAUUUCGGGCGCUCUGCUGGAGGCCCAUUUAUUACUACCAGCUAUGACUAUGAUGCCCCAUUAGAUGAAUAUGGUUUGAUCAGGGAACCUAAAUAUGGCCAUCUAAAGGAGCUUCACAGAGCUAUUAAGUUAUGUGAACAUGCUUUAAUUUCUUCAGAUCCCAGAGUAACUUCAUUAGGAACCUACCAACAGGCUCAUAUAUUCUCUUCAGGGAAGGGCAGCUGUGCAGCUUUUCUUUCCAAUUACCAUGCAAACUCUGCUGCUAGGGUGAUGUUCAAUAACAUGCACUAUGAUUUGCCUCCCUGGUCCAUCAGCAUUCUUCCGGAUUGCAGGCGUGUUGUAUUUAACACUGCAAGGGUUGGAGCUCAAACUUCACAUAUGCAGAUGUUACCGACUGGUUCUGAGUUGUUAUCUUGGGAGUCUUAUGAUGAAGAUAUCUCUUCUCUAGCGUAUAGUACAAGGAUAACAUCUCAAGGACUUUUGGAGCAGAUAAAUGUCACUAGAGAUUCCAGUGACUAUCUGUGGUACUUGACCAGUGUUGACAUUAGCCCAUCAGAAGCAUUUCUGCAAAACGGACAAAAGCCUAGUCUUACUGUGCAAUCAGCUGGCCAUGGUCUUCAUGUCUUCAUCAAUGGGCAGUAUUCAGGAUCAGCUUUUGGGACCAGAGAGGACAGGCAAAUUACCUUUACAGGACCAGUCAACCUACGUGCUGGAACAAAUAGAAUUUCACUGCUUAGCAUAGCUGUUGGGUUACCGAAUGUCGGGUUGCAUUAUGAAACAUGGAAAACAGGUAUACAAGGUCCAGUUAUUCUGAACGGCCUUAACCAAGGAAAGAAAGACUUAACAUGGCAGAAGUGGUCCUACCAGGUUGGUCUAAAAGGAGAGGAGAUGAAUCUGGUCUCUCCAAAUGGAGCCUCAUCUGUUGAUUGGAUCCAAGGAUCCGUGGCUUCUAAUCAAGGGCAGCUCUUGAAGUGGCAUAAGGCUUAUUUUGAUGCACCUAGAGGAAAUGAGCCAUUGGCUUUGGACAUGCGCAGCAUGGGUAAAGGCCAAGUUUGGAUUAAUGGACAGAGCAUUGGAAGAUACUGGAUGGCUUAUGCAAAGGGAGAUUGCAGUGGUUGCAGUUACGCUGGGACAUACCGGCCGCCGAAGUGCCAACUUGGUUGUGGCCAACCAACACAGCGAUGGUAUCAUGUUCCAAGGUCCUGGUUGAAGCCAACGAAAAAUCUGUUGGUACUUUUUGAAGAGCUUGGUGGGGAUGCAUCAAAGAUAUCUCUUGUUAAGAGAUCAAUCACAAGUGUUUGUGCCGAUGCCAAUGAGCACCACCCAGCCAUUGAGGAUUAUCAUACAGAGAGCAAUGGUGAAUCAGCCAGGCUUCACCACGCCAAGGUUCACCUGCGGUGUGCACCUGGGCAAUCCAUAUCAGCUAUAAAAUUUGCAAGCUUUGGUACUCCAUCUGGAACUUGUGGAAGUUUUCAGCAAGGAACUUGUCAUGCACCAAACACUCAUUCCGUCAUUGAAAAGAAAUGCGUCGGACAGGAGAGCUGCAUGGUUACCAUUUCCAGCAGUAAUUUUGGUCCCGACCCAUGUCCAAAUGUAUUGAAGAAGCUAUCAGUUGAAGCUGUAUGUUCUACAAUGAGUACAGCUGAUUAAAGUAAUGCAAAGAAAUAGAACUCUGAUGGAAAGCAUUGUCAAAUUUCCAUGAGAGAAUGGAAGAUAAAUAAAGGAGUAAGAAGCCAAGAAACAAAGCGAAGAUAAGAAGCAAAGCCACAAAGAGCAGAUCCUCAAAUGCUAUGUCAUUUUAUCUACAAUGUCCAGCUACGUGUUUUAGAUCUCAGUCUGGUUGGAUGGAUUAUGUGUUUCUGCAGAGUAAUUGGUGCUGGGUAGGCAACAGUUAAAGUCGGGUAAUGAUUUAAUUCUUAUGGUUGAAUCAUGGUGAAUGUAAUGUAGAUCUCAAUGUAAUUAAUGGUGGGGAGUGAGAAGAGGGAUUCUUGUGAGAUUAAAAGUUCAUUAUUCGAUGGAAUAAGAAUUAUUCAAUUGCAAAAGAA